AUGGACGAUGACAGUAAACGCAUCAGCUCACCCUCGUGUACAACUCAUGUUCCCCAGGAGCCUGAGCAAGAAUUGAUACUCGUAAGUCAUGAUAUAUUUCAAUUCUCAUACACAAAGGUUUACGCUGGUCAGAUUAAAUUUGACGAAGGUGACCCACGCGAUCCACAAAACUUCUCUUAUCUGCGGAAGUGGGCCAUCACGCUGACAUGUUGUGUGUUCGCUGGAAUCACGGCAGCAUCAGCGUCAUCUUAUUCCAUCAGUUAUGAGUCCAUGAUGCGUGAUCUAGAUUGUACUCAACUUCAGGCGACCGUUGGACUGAGCCUAUAUGUAGCAGGUUUUGGGAUUGUCCCUUUGAUUUCUUCGUCGUUCAGUGAGGAGUGCGGCAGACGGCCCCUUUACAUCGCGUCGUCCGUAUUAUUUAUGCUCGCAGAAGUAAUGAAUGCAUUGGCACCAAACAUACAAGUUGUGAUCGUAUCACGUAUGCUACAAGGAGUCUUUGGCUCAACUGGUGCAUCCUUAGUCGGAGGCAGCAUCGCCGAUAUAUGGCAGCCACACGAACGUGGAUUGCCGAUGUCUUUGUUUGCAUUCUCAUCGAUUUUCUCUUUUGGCCUUGGGUCAGCGUUUGGGGGGCUCAUAGCUGCCAACCCACACCUAGGUUGGCGGUGGGUGCAAUGGGUACAUGCCAUGUUUUCUGCGGCAUAUAUUCUUGAUGUCAUUUUGGUGAUGAGCGAGACCCGUUCAUCCAUUGUUCUAACCCGCAUCGCGAAGGACACCAGAAAGAUGACCGGUGACCCUAGGUAUCGGUCCAGCGCUGAAAUUAACAAACGAAGCAUGUCAUCUCUCAUCAAGACGUCGUGUACACGGCCCUUGUAUCUACUCUUAACUGAACCUAUUGUGCAGAGCUUCAGUAUCUGGAGUGGCUUCACUUGGGGGGUCGUGUACUGUUUGCUCGAAUCCAUCACCACGGAGUUUCAGUCUGUCUACAACUUCAGCGUCAGCGAAACAGGAUUUGUAUUCCUUUGUCAGAGGAAAGUUGUUUUGUUUGUCGGAGCCAUUCUUGGAUUUAUGGCGAAUAUGUACCAGGAAACCUUGUACAAAAAAUACUUUUUGACAAAGGGCCAAGAAGCACGCCUAUACAUGGCGUGUGUCGCUGCUAUUGUCCUGCCCGCCUCAAUGUUUAUCUACGCAUGGACAGCAUCACCUAACAUUCCUUGGAUAGUACCUCUGAUUGCAUUAACUACAUUUAUGUCCGGCGUCUUCGUAAUAUUCCAAGUUUCAUUCUUGUAUCUUGCAGACUGCUACGGUCCAUAUACCUCCUCGGCCCAAGCAGGGCAGAGUUUGUCUCGAAAUUUCAUGGCAUUGGUCUUCCCACUCUUCACACAGCAGAUGUUCGCUGGUAUGACAUAUAAGUGGGGGCUAACGCUCUGGGCGUUUCUAUCGGUGUUGAUGGCACCGACUCCAUGGGUCCUUCUCUUCUUUGGUUCAAAGAUCCGUUCACAUAGUAAAGUCUCUCGCAAAAUUCUCGAAGCUCAACAACACGAAUUAGACGGUGAGAAAACUGUUGUUUCCAGUCCAACUGAGGAAAGAAGUAAGCAAGUGCAAGUGUGA